ACGUUGUUCACCGGUUCAGAAACAUAUUGUCGAGGAUCCGGCGGUCGUCACCAAAAUGGCUUCCACUAUCAGGUUGAAUGCUGUCACCCUAGCAGUAGUGGUCAUUGCCACCUUGUUAACCAAAACCACAGGGCAGUCUAGUUACUGUAGUCUUUGCAGUAACCACACACUUUGCAUUUACCAGGGAAUAGGCAGUGCUUGCUCUCAGGUGAUGGCCAGGGGAGUGGAUGAUGCAGCCCAGCAAACCAUACUGAAAGAGCACAACACACACAGGAACUACGUGGCAUCUGGACGAGAGACACAGGGAGCUCCUGGACCUCAGCCUGCUGCAUCCAACAUGCUUAAGCUGGAAUGGGACAAUGAACUGGCAACUGUUGCUCAGCGGUGGGCUGAUCAGUGUACUUCUGGUCAUGAUACAUGCAGACGUGUGUCACGAUUUUCUGCUGUAGGCCAAAAUGCAUAUCAGUCGUGGACUACAGGAACACUACAAGGAGCUCAGUGGAAUAAUACUGUGCAGUCUUGGUAUAAUGAAGUUAAACACUUCAACAAAAAUAAUGUCGACAAUUAUGUAUUUGGUACCAAUUAUGGCCACUACAGCCAAGUAGUGUGGGGUAAUACACAUUAUGUUGGGUGUGGCUACACUGCUAUUAGGAGAAGUGACUGGAAUUAUCAGUAUUAUGUCUGUAACUAUGGCCCAUCUGGAAACUAUGGCGGCCAGCCGGUCUACAGCAAAGGCACAAGCUGCUCAGCUUGUACAUCUGGAUGCGAUACUACUUACAACUCACUUUGUGCUUAGCUGAUCUCUUCCAGAUAUACAACACAAAUUAGUUACCAUGUGGUAUGAUGUAUGUUACAGUUGUUAAAUACAUGCUAGUUUUCAUAAUUAUUUCUGUAAUGAAAUGGAUGUGGAUCUGUCAGUGUGAACAGUUCAAUAAAUGUAUAAUU